AUGAAAGUUCAAGGUGAUUCUGGGUCAUCCAAGACUCUGAGUGCAGAUGCAGUUAAUUCUGAGGGUGAAGAUAAGAAAGAAGUGUCAGCCAGUAGUUCACCGCAAGAACCAGAGAAAAGUUUGACUCCCGUAGUUAAAUCUACAACAGAAGAACCAAAGAAGGAAGGUGCAGAAAUUGCUGAAUUAAGUUCUAGUUCAUUAAAAGCACAAGAAGGGGAUGAAGGCAACUUAUUGGAAGACAGUGGAAAGAAGACGAAGGAUGUAGCAGAUGCGGAAGACAGAAAAGACAAUGGAAAGAAGACAAAGGAUGUAGCAGAUGCGGAAGACAGAAGGUUAUCUGUGGAUGAUAAAGAGGAUAAAGAAUCUGAUAUGGAAGUUAUUGAAGAUAGCCUAGCAACAGUGAAAAAGAAUCGCAAAGAAAAGAUCUUUUCUUCAUCAACAGAGGAAGCACAAGUGAGUUUCAGUGUUAACUCACAAGUGGCGGCUGCAGCUGCUAAAAUGUACACAGAGAUAUAUCCUAGAGUGAGAAACCAUGUGUUUCAUAUCCCCGCCCUUAGCAUGAAAGAAGAUUGCAGACAGCUUUAUCAAGACUCCAUGAUCUCGCUUACACAUUGGGAACUGAUGGUCAGCCUUUAUCAAGCAUCAAAGCUAAACACUCCCGUCAAAGAUCAGAGCACUCUUCCCAACCCCUUUGCUGAUAGUCCCGAGCAUCUUGAGGACGACAUGCUCCACCUGACGCUUAUGCUCGGCCGUGGAGACGUCUGGAUGGAAGAGACCCCUCAGUUUCAUACCAGGUUGCGUUGGCUUCAGGCCCAGUUGCGACUUUGCAGCGGGAAGUCAGAGGAUGCGGCAAUUUAUAUGGAAUUGCUUUUGUCAGAUCUCGAACGUUUGUCCGAUAAUGGUGAGGAAUAUGUUGUUCAGCGCACUUGUGUCAUGGAUGAUCAGAGUGUUGUAUGCAAUUCUGAAGUUAAAAGGCACCUUAACCUUCUGCAAAGAUCGCAGAUGUUGGAGCAAGUGGUUGACAAUUAUACAGAUGGACGUUAUAGGGUGGUGGCAGAUCUCCUUAUAGCCAUCUUUCACGAACCACUUCCGAAGGCUCGUCCUGGGGUCACGUUGCCAACCAGACAGACGCAGCUUGUUAUCCUCAUUGAUUCGCUCUUUAAGCUGAAUGACCAGAAGGGUGUGAUAACGUGGGGAUCGCAUGCUCUGACAGAAGCUCUGAAACGUUUCAAUCGUGCAGAAGCAGAAGAAGAGAAAAACAGGUGGGCAAAGACCCUUAUGAAAAUUACUGAGCGUUCGUAUACGACAAUUACAAAGAAUGCAGGUGUAGUGGAAGAAGUUGCGCAUGAAAAUAUAACCCAGAUGGUCUCCACCUUGACGCUGAUGUUAGUGAUCCAGCUGGAGAAGCCACAGAGUGCAGAAGACCUUCCUUUUGAUACGCUAACUCCCUGGAUCCUCUUGCAUAGGAUCUUAACGUAUGAAGAGCGUCGUCAAGAGAAGAUCAGUAAAACAAAAGAUCCUAAGGGGGUUCUGGACAAGAAAGCGGAAGAGAGUGCCAGAAAGGAGACAAGCAGUGAUAAGGAUUCCAAGGAAGAGAGAACGAAUGAUGAGCAAAUGGAGGUAGACAUCACAGGCAGCGAAGGGAGCAGCGAGAAGUCAGGCCAGAAAUCGAACGAGUCAUCCAAGCCUUUAGAUGCCAGCUCUGAAGUCCAAGAAGAGAGUGACAAAAGUGAAGUGGCAGCAGAGACUAAAAUAGAAGGAGUAAAUGAAGAGUCCGCAAAAGUCGAAGAAACCUCUUCUACAGCUAAGGGUCCAGUAGGGCCAUACCCCUCUAGCCUCUUCUUAAUUACUGCCCACGAUGAACUUGGCAAGCAUUCCUGGUGCUGUGCAGAUGACGGUGUGUUCUUGCUCUACUGCUUAGACGUUUUAAUCGAGGAGCUGAAUCGACCAAUCGAAGGCCAGCACAGGCAGCUUUUACACCAUGCGCUUGAACAAGUAUCCUUCUGUCUCUAUUCCCAUCCUUCAAAGAAGUCAAAGCACAAACAUCUUCGCGACCAUGGAGUUCCUCAAAUUGCCCUGUGCUGGGAGAGAGCACUUCAGCUGUAUCAUUAUUAUGUUCCGAAGGAGUUGCCAACCUUCCAGUCGUCACAGAUACCAUCCAUUACAGAUGAUGUGGCAGCAUUGUUUAAAAGAAUUAUUGCUCUUCUUCCUGAUGAAGACAAACCAGAGAACCAGACAGAAGCUGUUGAAGCAUACAUUUGUGGAGGAAACCAGGAGUGUGAUUUUGUUCCCUUCAAACCAUCCACAGACAUUGUUGAUUGCUACUAUCUGCUUGGUGAUUAUUACUUCAAGAACAAAGAGUGGACGAAUGCCAUCAAAUAUUACAAGCUAGAUGUCUCUAUCAAUGUAGAUCGACUGGACUCCUGGGCACCGCUUGGUUUGGCCAUGAAAGCCAUGCUGGAAACACAGCUAAAUUCCUGUGAAGUGAUUCAGGAUGAGGAGGAAUUUUUCUCUUUGGCACAACAAGCUGUGCAGUGUCUGAAGCAAGCUCUGAAGUUAGACGAGUACCACACAAACCUUUGGGUUGAGUUUGGUGGCCUUGUCUACAUGGUCCAUUCACAUGCCUCUAGACUUCUGAAACAAGAUCUGAAUCCAGAUAUUAGCCUUGAAACGUUUGAGAUGCUUGAGAAACUAAAGGGUGAUAUGCUGAAGAGGCAGAGAGAUGCUUCACUCAGGCCCUGAACAU